UGGGCAGGGUAUGCCUGAGCCGUCACCAGGUCUGUUGUUGGAUCACCUGAGCAGGAAUCCAAUUCACUUCAUUACUUGCCAUGGAAGAGGAAAGGGACCAGACUGGAACCUCCUGGAGGAACCUGCCACAAUCUGAUGAAUAUCCUAAACCACGUUUGGAGGACGGAGCUGUGCUGAAUGGAGAGGCGAAGAACAAAACCACCAAACAUGAGCCAGUAAAAUGCAACCUCAACCUGUUGCAAAUGCUAAAGGCCGCAGAGAGCAGGAGCCCACCUCAAUGUCAGGGCAGAUAUAGGGCAGAGGAGUCUGGGUAUGGGACAAGAGAGCUGGUGACUGAAGCUCUGAAGACUGGCACGCAAAUACAGUUCCCUGAACAGAAGCCAAAUUUCAACAAACAUUUCGCCAACACCAGUCGUCACUCUCCGGCUGAUUCCAUCUCACAGUUGUCUCUGGAUAGCUACAGUUCAGUGUGCAGUGACAGUAAGGAUAAAUCCUCUCCCAGAGACAAGCAUCAGAAGACAUCCAAAGGCUUUUCUGACUUUUGCAUCAAAAACAUGAAACAGGCUGAAUUUGGACGCAGAGAAAUAGAAACCGCACAGCAAGAAAUGCCAGCACUGAUGGUCCUGAGGAAAAGUGCAUGUGGGGAGAAACCUCUUGCUGGUGCCAAAGUGGUGGGCUGCACACACAUCACUGCACCGACAGCGGUGUUGAUUGAGACUCUGUCUGUGUUGGGGGCUCAGUGUCGCUGGGCGGCCUGUAACAUCUUCUCCACUCAAAACGCUGUGGCUGCUGCUCUGGCUGAAAGAGGAACCUCAGUGUUUGCGUGGAGAGGAGAAUCAGAGGAAGACUUCUGGUGGUGUAUUGACCGAUGUGUCGGUGCUGAGACCUGGCAGCCCAACAUGAUUCUGGAUGAUGGAGGAGACCUGACCCACUGGAUCUAUAAGAAGCACCCAGGCCUGUUCAAGAAGAUCGUAGGCAUCGUAGAGGAAAGUGUGACAGGCAUCUAUCGGUUAUACCAGCUGUCAAAGGCAGGCAAGCUGUGUGUCCCGGCCAUGAACGUUAACGACUCGGUGACCAAGCAAAAAUUUGAAAACCUUUACUGCUGCAAGGAGUCUAUACUGGAGGGGUUGAAGAGAACCACUGACAUCAUGUUUGGAGGAAAACAAGUGGUGGUGUGCGGCUUUGGGGAGGUUGGCAAAGGUUGCUGUGCUGCCCUGAAAGCAUUGGGUGCUGUUGUAUAUGUGACAGAAGUGGAUCCCAUUUGUGCUGUUCAGGCCUGCAUGGAUGGCUUCAGAGUGAUUAAACUGAGUGAAGUGGUCGGACAGGCAGACAUGGUCAUCACCUGCACAGGCAAUAAAAACGUGGUAGAGAGGGAACAUCUGGAUAGAAUGAAGAGCGGCUGCAUAGUCUGCAACAUGGGACACUGCAGCACUGAGAUAGAUUUGUUGAGUCUGCGGACUGCAGAGCUGAGGUGGGAGCAUGUGAGGCCUAAGGUGGAUCAUGUUAUCUGGCCUGAUGGCAAGAGAAUCAUCCUGCUGGCCGAGGGCCGUUUGCUGAAUCUGAGCUGCUCCACAGUGCCCUUAUUUAUCCUCUCCAUCACCCCUACAACUCAGGCUCUGGCUCUCAUAGAGCUUUACAGGGCUCCAGAAGGACGUUACAAACAGGACGUCUACCUGCUGCCAAAGAAGACGGAUGAAUACGUGGCCAGUCUUCACCUGCAGACGUUUGACGCUCACCUCACAGAGUUGACAGAUGAACAGGCCCAGUACCUGGGCAUCAGCAAACACGGACCCUUCAAACCCAACAACUACAGGUAUUAACCAUCUGGACAUAAAGCUGAAGCAGAAAUUCUUCAGAUGUUCUGUUGUGGAUUUGAUGUUGAAAACCACCCUCACAGUCCUGCAAAAAGAGCACUGUCGCCCUCUACAGUCUCAAGCGUACCCACACUCAAUAUUGUUUAGAGACAGUUAACUUUUACUUAUUCACUGGUUUUUCUGAGUACUCAUUUGUGUCUGUUUUGUGUGAUACACUUUCCUGGUCAUACAUGUUCAUAGUAAAUGCUUAACUGAAUAUAAA